UCAUCUUUAUUGUUGACUGGGAAAACUAUGAGGACAGACGAGCUUAAAUUAUCUGUGCACGCAGAGGAAAAGAUAAGGCAUAUUACCUUGUUGGAACUCUUUUUUUUUUUUUUUUUUUGAGACGGAGUCUCGCUCUGUCGCCCAGGCUGGAGUGCAGUGGCGCAAUCUCGGCUCACUGCAAGCUCCACCUCCCGGGUUCACGCCAUUCUCCUGCCUCAGCCUCCUGAGUAGCUGGGACUACAGGUGCAUGCCACCACGCCCGGCUAAUUUUUUGUAUUUUUUAGAGACAGGGUUUCACCAUGUUAGCCAGGAUGGUCUCGAUCUCCUGACCUUGUGAUCUACCCGCCUUGGCCUCCCAAAGUGCUGGGAUUACAAGCAUGAGCCACUGCACCCGGCCCUGGAACUCAUUUUUUAAAAAUUUUUUUUGAGAUGGAGUCUUGCAGUGUCGCCCAGGCUGGAGUGCAAUGGCGCGAUCUCAGCUCACUGCAAGCUCCGCCUCCCUGGUUCACGCCAUUCUCCUGCCUCAGCCUCCCGAGUAGCUGGGACUACAGGCACCCACCACCACGCCCAGCUAAUUUUUUGUAUUUUUAGUAGAGUCGGGGUUUCACGUGCUAGCCAGGAUGGUCUCGAUCUCCUGAUCCACCCGCUUCGGCCUCCCAAAGUGCUAGGAUUACAGGUGUGAGCCUCAUUUUUAUAUUUUGCCCUAGACUGUUAUUCCUUAAGAAAUCUUCCUUAAAAUAGUGGUUGCAAAAUGGAGGCCCAUGGGCUGGAUUCAGCCUGUAAAAGUGUUUUGUUUGGACUGUAGAGUUAAAAAAAAAAACCCUGUAUUUCCAGCAUCUCUUAUUAAAAAUUGUAUGUGGCACCGGACUUAUAGUGGUACAAGACAGCAACUGUCUCUACCUGACAGUUGUUUCCCUUAAAAGCCGUUAAGAGUUCCUUAAUUUGCGAACCCUCGCCAUUCACGGAAUACCUGCUUGUGUUCUUAUAUCCAGGGCACUGGAGUGCGUGCCAGCUGGUCUGGAAGCAGCUCCAGCAAGUCACCUACACGGUGGCCAGGGGCGGCCUGAGAGGGUAACUUUCAAUCCGAGACACGCCGGGAAUGACUUUGGGAUAAUCACAACCUCCGGUCCUCAGUUUCCUUACCUGUGAAAUGGGGCUGAUAACGCACAGCUGUGGGAAGCACCGGCCCAAACGCGGGGCUUGGGGGCACGACCACCAUCCCCGCCCACGGGUCCCCGCGCCAGGCCUCGCUCUCUACCCCUCCCGCCGCGGGCCCCAGCGCUUCGCUGAGGUCGGCCCCGGGCGCCGAGAGGCGUGGUCGGCCCCAGCGGACCCUCGCGGCGGCCAUGGCGUCGGUGGUGGAAUACAAGGGCUUCAGGGCCGGCUACCACUGUGGCUACUGCGACUCCAAGGAAGGCAAAGCGUCCUGCGGCAUGUGGGCACAUUCCAUGACAGUACAGGAUUAUCAGGAUCUCAUAGACCGAGGAUGGCGAAGAAGUGGAAAAUACGUGUACAAACCUGUCAUGAAUCAAACAUGUUGUCCUCAGUACACAAUAAGGUGCCGACCUUUACAAUUUCAGCCUUCAAAAUCUCACAAGAAGGUUUUGAAAAAAAUGUUGAAAUUUCUGGCUAAAGGGGAGGUUCCCAAAGGAAGUUGUGAGGAUGAGCCCAUGGAUUCCACAAUGGAUGAUGCUGUUGCGGGUGACUUUGCAUUGAUAAAUAAAUUGGAUAUACAGUGUGAUCUUAAAACACUCAGUGAUGACGUCAAAGAGAGUUUAGAGAGUGAAGGAAAAAAUUCAAAGAAAGAAGAACCUCAUGAAUUACUUCAGUCACAAGAUUUCGUAGGAGAGAGGUUGGGCUCUGGUGAACCAUCACAUUCAGUUAAAGUUCACACAGUUCCUAAGCCAGGCAAAGGGGCUGAUUUGAGUAAGCCUCCAUGUCGAAAAGCAAAGGAAAUCCGGAAAGAAAGGAAAAGGUUAAAACUAAUGCAGCAGAACCCAGCUGGAGAACUUGAGGGUUUCCAGGCUCAAGGUCACCCACCAUCUUUGUUUCCACCAAAGGCUAAAUCCAACCAGCCCAAAUCACUCGAAGAUUUAAUUUUUGAAUCUUUACCAGAGAAUGCUUCACACAAGUUAGAGGUGAGGGUGGUGAGAUCAUCUCCACCAAGUUCGCAGUUCAAAGCCACACUUCUGGAGUCUUACCAGGUCUAUAAACGUUACCAGAUGGUUAUUCACAAGAACCCACCUGAUACGCCAACCGAAAGCCAGGUGAGGUUAGUACCUGUCUCCUUUGAGGACCCAGAGUUCAAGUCGUCUUUCAGCCAGUCCUUUUCUUUGUAUGUCAAGUAUCAAGUGGCCAUACACCAGGAUCCACCCGAUGAAUGUGGGAAGACUGAGUUCACAAGAUUCCUUUGCAGUUCACCCUUGGAGGCAGAGACUCCCCCUAAUGGGCCAGAUUGUGGCUAUGGCUCCUUUCACCAGCAAUACUGGCUUGAUGGAAAGAUCAUUGCUGUGGGGGUGAUUGACAUCCUCCCAAACUGUGUAUCAUCUGUGUAUUUGUACUAUGAUCCUGAUUAUUCGUUUUUAUCUUUGGGUGUCUACUCUGCACUACGAGAAAUUGCUUUUACUAGGCAGCUUCAUGAGAAAAGUUCUCAACUCAGCUAUUAUUAUAUGGGUUUCUACAUUCAUUCGUGUCCCAAGAUGAAAUAUAAGGGUCAGUAUAGACCUUCUGAUUUGCUGUGCCCUGAGACAUAUGUUUGGGUACCCAUUGAGCAAUGCCUGCCUUCACUUGAAAACUCCAAGUACUGCCGUUUCAACCAGGACCCAGAAGCAGUGGAUGAAGAUCGCAGUACAGAACCUGAUCGAUUGCAGGUGUUUCACAAGAGAGCCAUCAUGCCUUACGGUGAUUAUAAGAAACAGCAGAAAGACCCAAGUGAGGAGGCCGCUGUUCUGCAGUAUGCCAGCCUGGUGGGGCAGAAGUGCUCCGAGCGGAUGCUGCUGUUCAGAAACUGACCUGUUCGCCUCUGCCGGGGGGUUCCUGUGUUGUGCUGAUAAUUUGUGCCAGGAUACAUAUUUGGUACCUGUGGGGAAAUAACUGUCACCACCCACAAAUUAGACAUUUUUUAUUUUGACUAUCUGUGGCUUUUAAAAAAUAUUUUGUGGCAAUAUAUCUGUGAGAAUCUCAUAGUUAAUAUAAAGAUUUUAAAACUGCAUUAUGACCUAGCCCCCAUAAUUGGGGUUUAUCAUUUUGGAGGAUUCUUUCUAGGGCAAGAUAUGCUCAAAUUCUCCUGUUUAUAUUUUGUAAAAUGAAGAAGUGAACCUAAGUAACUUAAUCACAGUUGUGCAUUUUUUUUUUGGUUCUGUUAGAGAAAUUAAAACAGACUGUUUCCUCAGGCCCAUUUUAAACUGAACUUGUGCUAGGAAACCUUAAGUAUGGGGAAGGUAGAAAGUUCGUUUCAUCACUUAGAAAAUAUGUCUUCUCAAGAACAAAACUGUGCUGUUACUCAGUGUUCAAUAUGAAAUUGCUGCCAAAUGUUGUGUAGUUUAAUAGAGAACUUGAAAAAAUAAAACAUUAAAAUGGCUCUUGUGUUAGCUAGCAUCAGGUAUCCAUUUGUUCAGGACAGUCCUGUUCAUGUCUGUUGUCUUGGCAUAGUUUUUUCCCCUAGGAUAUAGUACUCCCUUUUACUCUAAAAAAUAUCCCAGUUUGGACAAUAAAAUAAAUAAUUACUCUAGUUAUAUUAUUUGCUUUAUUUCUAAAAAUGUAAGAAGUUGAAUUUUUUUAAAGAAAAAUGUUGGUUCCUGCCUUGAUCUAAGCCUCAUCCAAAGGAAAUAAAUAGUCACUAGUUUUUUAUCUUACAACUCAGGACAUUCAUCUUUGGUUAUUAAUGGAAAUUGGUAUGUGAUUACUUUCAUAGUUAUGCCACAAAUCACAUUUAAGAAGGAAUCAUUCUGACCUCUGUUCCAGGACAAGAGCUAGAACCAUCCAGUUCUUGUCCUUUGAUUUGAGAGUCGGAGUCAGGGUGGCUUCUGCCACCCUUAGUAACUCAGAGUAGAGGCCAGCCCCCUCCUUCCCUCUUACUUUCUUUUGCUGAGUCCUUUGCCCACCUGUCAAGGUGGCAGGCACUGUGCUGGGUACAGGAGGACAGUCAGACAUGUCCCUUCUUAGCUAUAGUUGAGCUGUCUGGGAAACAGGAUGAAAAACAGGAGGGUUAUUUUCUUGUGCCCUCUUUGUCAGCUGAUCCCCUCUUCUGCUACCAGCUGUUUGGCCAGCAAGCCGUUUUUAGUCCCCACUUUGCCCAUUUUUCUGUUUUGGUUCAUCGUUUCUUAAAAGCCGUGUUAUAAAAUGUGGUAGUUUGAAUCCUGUUGCUAAUUUUAAACUUUUCUCUAAAAUGUACUGAAUUUUGACAAAAAUUUGAAAAUAUCCUCAGCUAACUAGAAUAAAAAGGAUCAAAAAACAAUGAUUUUAAAAAUGAAAUCUCUAGAAACUCAACAUCCAAGUCAGCCAUAUUUCCUCAUUCAGAGUGUGUGUGUCACACCUGCCAAGGUGCUGAGUACUCUGCUAACCGAGCUAGAGUAGUGAGCAAAGCCAUUUUCUCUGAUCACAAGAUUUUACAUUUUUCUGGGAUUUUGACCUGCAAAAUAGUCUCGUAAGAGCAUUUGAGAGACUUACUUGGAACUGCCUUCAGAAUCUAUACAGCCUUUUUUCUCUUUUUCCUCUAAAAUGAAAAGAGCUUCAUUUUAUGAUUAUAACAAAAGUGAUACUGUAAGCAGUUAGAACAUUAAGAAGUAUAAAUAAAAAGUAAAAAUCAUCUAAAACCCUACCAUACUCAGAAGAAAAGAACUGUCAUGUAUGUAUACACACAUACCUAUAUAAUUUUAAUAUAAAUAGAAUUAUGUUCUACAUGCUGUUUUAUUUCCUCAACAGUAAAUUAUGGACAUGUCUGAAAUUUGAAAUAAAUUUCAAAAUAAGGCUUCAGAAAGUGUAGUAAGUAAUCUCUGCAUUAUUAAAAAUAAGCAGGGUAGGGCUGGUACUUGGCUCCCUUAGCAUUCGAAUGUCGAGCUUGAUGUUAUCACUGCAUCUUCCCUCCUUUUGUCUUUGUGAUUAGCAUGUAAAAUGGUAUUCAUAAAUAUCACAACCCUUGAAUAUCAAAUGAAGAGAAAACUUGACUCCAACAUCUUACCACAACUCUGGUUUCUUCCUGCAGAAUUCAUUUUCAGAGGAAAAUGAUGAAUCAUCCCUGUCUGUGAACCACUGUGCUUUCCCUGAGGGUGGCAUUGUAGGUUGACGCCAGCAAAGCCUCAGAGUGACUUGAGCAUUGGAGAUCCUUCUACUUGGCUGCUGUUUUCAUGCAUUAUGUUUGUUUGAGAAUAGAUAGUGUAUUGAUCCGAGUAGUCAAAGUGUCUUAAAAGGACACCUAUUUGUCCUUUUGAGCCCCAGCUGAGCGAAUAUUGAUAGUGGGCUAGGAAAGCAUAGUCAAGAAAAGUGACCCACCUUGUUACUUGACCAGCAGUCUAGCUGACAGAUCUGAUUUUAUGUUCGUGGCUUUCCAUAAAGAAAGACGCAAGGACUUUUCAAAGACAGUUUAUAUCUUUCCAAGGCAGGAAGCUUUGCGUUUGCAACCUUAGUGUUGCGUCCCCUCCUGAUUUCAAAUACAUCACACCUGCCUUCCUGUUUUGGGAGCAAAGAUGUAAUUUUGAUUCCCCGUGCUACCAUCCUUAUUUAAAUUAUUUCCAUUCUAAGAGAUUUUUGUUAUUUUUUUAAUGUAAUCUGAGCACUUUUUUUGUAUUCUGAAAGAUAGACGCUAUCAGAUAACUAUAUUGUUCAUUUGAUUAAAAUUAUUUAGAUAAAUAUUACUAUGUUGACUUUUAAAUAGCUUUAUCCUAUUUUUCAUUCAUUUUGCAAAUAUUUGUUGUGUGUAGUUUCUUAACAUGCCAAUCUAUUAUGUAAAAGAAACUUUUCAGAUUUCUGAACAGUAUAUGCUUUGAUUUUAUAGGCUUUAUAUUAUUUCAGUAUGAAUAAAGAUAAGGAAUAUGAUGAACAGUUAACUAAAAUGUAUCUGUUGUUGCUAACUUGAAAGAAAUGAAGUAGAAACAGUUGGAAAAUGUUUGAAUUAGAAGUUAUUCAAGUGCACAUUCUUUCUAAAAGAAAACCAAUGACUAUAAGGCCAAACAAGUUUGAUUGCAUGUGGUAUUUUUUGCUCUUGUAUAUGCUUUUUGAACAAGCUAUUUGAUAAAGCCUGAAUGGAAAGAAUAAAGCUGUUUCUAUCUGCA